CCAUACCCUUUGGCCUAUCGUCAGUUUUGACUUUGACACUUGCAAAAUUCGCAGUCUUUGUUUACAAACAACGCAUUUUAAUGAAAUUUUCAUCUAUUGCCCGCAGAAAUUAACAAUUUUCCAUGAAACAGUACAAAAUGGCAUCACUUUCCAGUCCCAGCAUUAUAAAACAGCCACUGAAAUUCGUGGAAAUACCUUUAAAUAAGUUCUCGGAAGAAGUGAUACCCCAUCACCAAAGGAUGUUGGAACAGCACAAAGUCUAUGUGCAUAAGCUGAUAGCUCUCAACAACACUACGCAGCUAGUUAAGGAAAUCAAGGAUAAGAAAAGGGCAAUUAAGCAGCUGAGGGAUUUGCUUUACGAACUUGAUACCUUGAGAACGCAGGUGGAAGAUAAUGACUUGGACCCUUUCGACACCAAAACCAUGCCCUUGCGGAGCAGCAUUUUGAAGCUGACCAAAACCUAUCAAGAUCUGGAAAAAGCAGCCGAUAAGCUUAUAGCGAAAAACCAACCCGGAUCACCGCCAGAACCUUCCCCCAAUGAACGAUUCAACCCAUUUGAAGGUGCUUCGCACAUCCAAAUACAAGCUGACCUGGAUGAAAUCAAGCUGCAAAAUGAGCAGGCAAGAUUGAAUAGGGUACAAGAAAUAGAGCAGACGUCCAAUGACCUAAAGGAGAUGCACAGAGACUUGCAUCAGUUAGUCAGAGACCAAGGGGAGCAAGUGGAUGAAAUUGAGAUUGAUGUAGCAGCUGCAGAGCAAAAUGUCCAAUCAGGAUUCUUGAAUAUCGUCAAAGCUAAUAAAUUAAAUGCUGUCGCUUACCCAGCAACAGGGGCGUUUAUGGGCACACUAUUGGCAGGCCCGAUAGGGUUUCUUGCGGGGUUUAAAAUUGGAGGUCUUGCAGCGAUUGGGUGCGCUUUUGCGGGCUAUGCAGGUGGCACGUUGCUGAAGAAGCAGAAGGACAUUGAUGUUAAUGAAGCCGAGCACGUAAUAAACAAUGAGAACAACGAAAAUCACACAACGGUCAGCGAGAAUGGCAAAAAGGACAUGUGACAAAGCAGGAGAUGCUAUCUUUGUUAAUUGGACUUUUCAACGAACUCCUUCUGUGUGUGAACAUAACUAAUUUAAACAAGUAUAAGGUUAGUACAAUUUAAAUGGCUUUGCUUACCAUUGAGGAAUGUUAGAAAAUUAUAUUGAAUUUAAUUGUUUUAAAACACACGAGAUUACUUCACGAUCACAUCAAACGAAGAUUUAGUUUCGUUAAGACACAUAUGCGUUUAAAAAUGAUUUUGUGAAAAGCGCCAUUUUCAAAUUAAAACGUUUGAUGACUA